CGCAAGUUAUCGUUUCCUCGCGAGACUGCAACACGACUUCCGCCACGAGAACGCUGUAAACAAACGGACAAAUACGAUCAUGGCAAGCGUACGCGACACAUACGAUUCAACGCUUCUUGGAAUAUUGUCGAAUGAAGGCGAAAUUACCAAUUUCCUAGAUGUCGUUAUAGGAUUCCUAUACAGAAGGACAGACUUUUUCCGCAUCAUGAAGAGCAAAAAUGACAAGCUUGGAUUUCCACCAGGAACUGCUGCUAAACUGUUAUUGAAGGAAUUCAAGAAGUAUGAAGCAUUCGCCCAGAGGGACGAGAUGGAAAGAGAGAAGAAAAAGGGAUUGGUUACAUUGAUUUGCCUAUCAAAUGCCACAGAGUCAGUUGCAAUAUAUUCAUCUAUCUUCAAGCUUUAUGGUUUACCUGUUGAUCACAACUUUUCAGCCAACUUUCAGGUCACUUCAUGUCAGUGCUACCGGCUAAAACUGUAUUUACUUCCAGUUCACUGUGUAUCUUCAAUUGUGUGUAUAUUUUAUUCUUCAAAAGAAGCACCAACACAUCCACCAGGGAUCAGUGAGAUGAAGACUUCAGAACAGCAGCAGGUGUCAUCAACAACCACAUCCAAGACUAACACUCCUGCUGCCACCUCCACACCACAAACAACAACAGCAACUACUGCCAGCACAACCACCGUCCCCUCCACAGGUGGUGCUGGUGAUGUGAAGGCUCCACCAAGUCAGAACAAGGAUGCAGAUGAAGACACAAGGGCAUCCAAGCAGCAGCAGGCAUUCCAGAAUGACCCGCUGAGCUACAAUGGGGCUGUGAGGGAAAAGUAUGUCUGGUCACAGUCAAUAUCAGAUGUUGACAUUCGAAUCUUUGUGCCGCCAUACAUUAAGAAAGGAAAGCAGGUUGAAGUAACCGUUGAGAAACGACACCUGCGAGUGUGUUACCGUGACGACAAGGGUGUGUCUCAGACAGUCGUAGAUGGUAAUCUAACCUGGGAUGUCAACAAGGAGGAAUGUAUGUGGAGUUUGGUCCCUGCAGAACAUGUACAUGUCAGUUUAGAAAAACGAGAAGAAAGAUGGUGGGAAUCAGCUUUAGAGGACGAGCCUAAGAUUAACGUUCGUAACAUUGACUGCAGUCGUCCUAUGACUGAUCUUGAUGAUGAAGCCCAGGCCAAGAUCGGUGAGAUGAUGUUCAAUGAGCAGCAGAAACGCCUAGGACUUCCACAAUCACAUGAACAGAAACAGCAUGAAUGA